GACUCAUAAGGCUAAAGACUUUGGACUUCUAUUUCCAGCCCAAGGUAACACUGGACACUUAGUUCUUUUCUCUCCUCAUGUGAACUGAUGAAAGCAGGUAAGGAGUUCCUAAAUAUUGAUUCCAGUUCCUGCCUACCUGACCAAUGGAGGUGGUGGUGGUGUAUGGUAUGAAUAAUAAAAUGCAGUCUGCUACUGUGCCCUUGUAGUGAAAACUGGGCUGGAUUAAAUAAAUCUUUCCCUUUAUGAAUAUAUUGCCAUACCCCAAAGCUUUCUAAAACUUUAAGGGAUAGACUGAGAAAAUAAAAGGUAAAGAAUUUGAUUUUCCAUUCUGUAAAGGUCUAAAUAUAAUUCUUUUGCAACAGCUUUCCACUGAAUAUCACAGUGAUACAACCAGUAAGACAAUAUCCCAAACUGCCAGCUCUAUAAAUAAGUAAUAAAUAUCUGUCUAAUAAAUCAGAGGAAAAAGGGCAACAUGGGCCACUGUGUGUUUGGGUCAAUUGUUUGCAUUUACAUAAAAUUUUAGUGGUUGUAAGGCUAAAGAUAGGAAGACACUACAGCUUUACCUGCAAGGAGAGUAUAAACUGCAAGCUCUUCUUUGAUCAACAUUAUCUACAGAUUCUCGAGGGAAAUCCAUGAGCUGUGAAGGGGAGAUCAGAAUUUAACUAAUUGGGCAUGCCAAAAUAUUCAGACUUCUGCCCCAUGUGUGCUGGUACAAGAAAUAUUGCUAUCAAUUUAUAGGAAGUGACUUAUAAUUUAUUGAACUGUUGGAACGUCUCUCGUCUCAAACAGCUGCCAAUUUUCAAACCUAUGAAUAUCAAAAAUGCGUUCCAUGGAAAGUGCUCAGUGCAAUGGACCUGAGGUAGAUUGAGAUUCAUGAUUGGUCUUGUGUCUGCUGGUUUCUGCAAAGUUUAUUAUCUAUGUGUCAGUGAAGAGAGCAAUUUAAGCUCUACUGUGUAUGUGCAUUUUAAGUAUCAACCGUAAAACCAUUAAAUCCUGAUUCUCUACCACACUACAUGUGCGCAUUGACAUUUAGACAAGGAGAAGUGUCUGUUACAUUUCUGAAGCUGAGUGAUUGACUUUUAUAUCCACUCUGCACUCUCUUAUCAUGAAGACAGGACUCACUGGAAAGCAAGGCCCCUGGGUAUUUUUGACUCUGUUUUUGGUAUAAGUGACUAUCAGUGAAGUGAUGCUUUACUGCACUGUUGGUGGCUUGGGGCCUUAAUAAAAAAUCAGCAGCAUGAGCCUUCUCUAGGAUAUGUAUCAUUGCCAUCACAGUGUUGUUUCCCCCCGUCACAGAUCAGAUAAGGAGGUUAAGAGCAAAGCCCAUGGCUUUUUUUAUUGCCCUCUUCCUAUGCUGGGGCAGUGACAAUUUGCCCUACCCAGGAGAAUUCAUACUGUGGCAUUGUUUCAAAGAAUAAGAAAGCCUCAAAAGAGUAUUAUAUUACUUUUCCUUUGUUCAGCAGUGGCCUGUGAUAGCUAGUUUUCAGAGUUUCUUAAUUUUGCCUUACACGUUGCCUUGCAUACCUAGUAAAUGAAUCCAAAAGUCUAUAAACAGCCAGAUUUUAGCCUUUUUUCUAGCAUAACCCAGGAGAUAUCACACAUGCCCACAGUUACAGGGUGUUAAUUCCAGGGAGGAGGCAGACCAAGCAGUCUAGGAAACACAUGAGCAAUACUUUUCCUGUACUGGAAGUUUAUAUACAGAAAAGAAGGAGAUGACAGAAAGCUAACCUGAAACCCAGGAGGAUGUCCUGCAGCAGGACAUGUCAGCAGGAUGCUUCAGCCUAACUGUGGCCAACCCCACCACGGAAGCAGACAAUACAGGCACCAGAUAGUAUGCUGUUUUCUAUGUUGUCUCCCUGUGGUCUAGUAUCAUCAUCUCUCAUUACAGAGCAAUCUAAGAGAUGUAGGCUGCCAUGGACACAGGAAAGACUUGAAACAACAUGAGGUAGCACAGGAAGACUGAUCUCUUUAAUUGCACAAAGAAAUUAGAUUAGCUUCCUUUCUGUGCUCUGGGCUUGAAAGAACAGCAUGCUAAGCUGAAACUUGCCUUGCUUGAACGCAGAAUGUGUGCAACAUGUAUAUUUGUCCAAUGUAUCUUCGAAAAUGGUUUAUUUCUGCUUUUUUUCUUUUUUGUUUUCCUUUUCUUCCUCUUUUUUCACCAGAAAGAAACACCACUUGCCAAUGCCGCAUUUUGGGCUGCGAGAAAAGGAAACCUGGCUCUCCUCCAGCUGCUGCUGAACAGUGGGCGAGUAGAUGUGGACUGCAAAGACAGUCUUGGCACAACAGCUCUGAUGGUGGCAUCUUACUAUGGCCACAUAGAUUGUGUGCGGGAAUUGGUGUUGCAAGGAGCAGAUAUCAAUCUGCAGAGAGAGUCAGGUGCAACUCCUCUGUUCUUUGCUGCACAACAAGGCCACAACGAUGUAGUGAAGUUUCUCUUCUCAUUUGGAGCCUCCACUGAAUUUAAGAAUAAAGAUGGAGGUACAGCUCUCCUGGCUGCCUGUCAGUACGGGCACGCAAAAGUAGUGGAAACUCUGUUGAAGCACGGCGCCAACAUUCACGAUCAGCUCUACGAUGGAGCUUCUGCAAUUUUCCUGGCGGCACAAGGAGGCUAUCUGGAUGUCAUCCGACUGCUGCUUUCUUCAGGAGCAAAGGUUAACCAGCCACGGCAGGAUGGGACAGCUCCCUUGUGGAUCGCCUCACAGAUGGGUCACAGUGAAGUGGUGCGAGUCAUGCUGCUCCGCGGUGCUGAGCGAGACGCUGCGAGGGAUGAUGGUACGACUGCUCUACUGAAGGCUGCCAUUAAGGGAUACAACAAUGUGAUAGAAGAGCUGCUGAAAUUCUCUCCCACACUUGGCCUGCUUAAGAACGGGACCUCUGCUCUCCACGCAGCCGUCCUGAGCGGCAACGUGAGGACAGUGGCACUGCUCCUUGAGGCAGGAGCGGACCCAUGCCUGAGGAACAAGGCAAAUGAACUGCCAGCAGAACUAACAAAAAAUGAACGCAUCCUCCGACUCCUCCGUGCAAAGGAAAAGCAAAGGAAAAGCUAAUGCAGCCCUGUAGCAAAUGCAGUUUGACAGAGACGUGCCCUGACCACGGCAGCAUGACAGUAAACCUAGGCUACCCGAGAAGGGCUUGUUGGAACAGUUUGCAGAACUGAUUAGCCUCUCCGGUACAUGCUCCCUGAAUGCACGAUGCCCUUGCCACAGGGUCACCAUGGGCUAAGGCCUCCGCCCAGCAUCGCUGGACGCAGGACUGUGACGAGAGCAGGGUGGGUCCAGGAGCUGCGUUUGCACCGCAGCCCUGCCUGUGCUCCAGGAUCCCACCACUCCCAGCACCACCGUUUGCUCCUCCACGCCUGCAGCGCACGCAUCCCCACACAGGCGAGCACUCCUGCCGUAUCAGACACGCAUCCCCAUGGCCACAUACCCGUAACAGGUGCCUGGGGAUGCAUGUGUGGGUUGGGCGCACCCGGCUCUUGUGCCAGAAGGGUGCCCCAAUUCUUGCAGCUGUUUGGAUUCAGAUGGUCCUGGCACAGCCCCAUGGUGCUUCUGCCCUCCCUUUGGCGACAGUACUAGCUCAGAUCAUUCCUCUCUACCUCCAAGUGCCACGCGAGGCUAGAGGUGAGAUCCUGCCUCAACAUCACAGCAGGAAAGGUCCUCCUGCCAGCCCAGGGUUUUGCUACUACAUGAGACUCCAUAAAAAUGAUCAAGAGCAUUAAAAAUUAUGCCAAAAGCUAUCAACCAAACAAAAAGCAAGGAAAUGUCCUCUCAGUCAUAGAAUCUUGAUCUGUCACUCUGUCCAGCAACAGAAACGCAGUGGAGUUGUUGAUUUUGCAAUGCCUAUGCAGUGCUACGGGGAUCCAUCCCCAACCUUACAUAUGUGCAUUUUUGUGAGUAGGGGAGGACCAGUUACUGAGCAAACCAACCUGGGCAUAAAUCCACUGGCACAAGUACAUCAGAAGUUUAGCUGUCGGGCACAACAAACAGCACAGACAUUAUACAGACGGUAUACAGAUGUUCUGCACCCACAGAUAUGUGACACUAUGGCUUAGUACCCACAGCUACUAUGCAACACACUUGUUCCCCAGGUCUGUGACACGAGCUAAGGGAGACAUGCACAGUAUACAGGUGUUUCAACAGCUGGUGAGGGUAACACGUAGUCAUACUGAACAGGCCCACUAAUUAAUGCAGGCAUGGAAAAUGAACUCUCAACAGCAGUUUUGACCUUUGUUGUGGUUAAGACACUUAGACAUGCUACUAGUGCCUGUGUGGAGAAAGCAGUGCAAAUUGCAGGUGGUUUGUGAAGAGCUAUGUUUUAACCAUAGUACUGUAAGACACCCCAUUAAAACCCAGUCAUUUUUGCAGUAUAAACAGUAUAUACCAUGUCAUGUUGGCCACAAAAACAUUCGAGACUAAUUUACAGUGAAUUGAGGUAAAAAGUUAAUUCAGUACAUAAAUACAGGCACUUUACCUGCCUUCAGAGAUUGUAAGGAAAUGAAAUAUUACUUGCUUAAAAAAUGUCUGCCUAGGAUUCAGCUGAACUGUUGCACUUUUGCUUUAGUGAGUUAAAAGGAAGUCUUUUAGUGAGCUAGCACAAAUGAAUGUAAUUUGUGUAGUGAAAAUUAGCCAUAUAUAUUACCAAAUCAUAAAGUUAUUCUGUCUGUGAGUAAGUUAGGUAAGAAGUCAAUGCUGUCUUGAAUAGAAGUGGAUGUACCUUUGCUUGCAUGCUGGAAUUGCUAUUCAAUUUCUAUUCAGCAUUAAAGAGGAAAGCUCUUAAGUUUUCCAACAAUGUAAUAAGAUACCAGAAAAGUCUAUUUGUUUAGGUAAUUUAUGCUGCUUUUAAAUUAAAAUAAUGUUGUGCCUAAGAGAAACUUGAAGAUGAACUGGUACAGAAUCAAAGAAUUAUGCAAGAUGCUUAGAGGAUGACUGUAUCCAGUGUUAAGUUCUGCAAAAAACUAAAAAAUACUGAGCUUGCAAAAAUCUCAACAGUCUUAUUGGGAACUUAAGUUGCGUAGCAUUAGAUGGGACUGCACUCUAACUUCUUUAACAAACAACACCAGAGAGGACAGGUUUAUUUAGAGCCUCCAGUGGGCUGAAGAUGAACAUAUUGUUUUGGAGAGAACUAGAGGAACUCUAGGGCAGCCUGAUCUCAAUAUUGAACUGUCUUCCUGAAUUUUCUUCAGAUCAACAAUUGGGAACAACCACACACUCAAGAUGAAAAGCUCUUUCAUAUUGGUAAAGGAGGUGAAUAAUCAUUAGCCAUGCAGUAAAUACUCUUAAUAUCAGAUGGGCUGUAGUGAUCAAGCAGUCUUCCUUAAAAAUGUGGAAGCAUCCACUGUUGGUGAGGGUCUCCUAUUUUUUCCUGAUAGUAGAGCAUAGGAAAGAGAACAAGGCAAGUCAGUGGUGGUCCUGCAACAGCUGAAGUAAGCAAGCUGAGACAACAAUGUGCAGGUGUCCAGUAUCUGCUGGUGGCCAGGCCUAUUUUCUUUGGAGAGUCAUCUCACCCCAAAGGGGCAGCUACUCAGGAAAGAGCUUCCUCAGAUAUGCCAGUCCAUGGGAAGAUGCACGUCUACUCCCCACCAUUUAGAGUAGGAGUUUCCAAGUCCUGUGUCCAGCUGCCUCUGUGAAAGGUCACCACAGCCAGGGCUCUAAACAGGCAUGUGAAGAACACCUGGGGUGCUGUGUCCCGUACGGAGCAUCUGCUGAUCUUCUUCCAAGAGGAUGCAGUUACUCGGUUUUUUUGAGUCAGUGAUAUUGGGUUAUAGCUGGCUUUUCUUAUUUCUGAAUCAAAUUUGAAAUGUGGGGAUAGCACAGGUUGAAGGGAGAGGCUUGUUGCUCUCUCCUUGCUCUUCUUAGUGUUGGCUGAUAGAGCACACGGGUUGGGGCGGGGCAGGGGGCAGGCUGCACGGUGGAGAACUGCCUGUCAAGUCUUUCUCUGCCCCGCUCAGACUGAAGUUCAAUCUAGUUUCAUCAAAGACGCUAUUGAACCAAAACAGGACUUUUAGUGGAAACCUUCCUCUGGGGAGCAUUUAUUUCAUCUCGGAGCCUUUGGAGAGAGGGCUGGUUUUAGUUUUGGUUUCCCUGUAACCAAAAGGUGCUUAUUCUGCCUGUAGAUGGGCUUGAAAGUUGCAAUACUGUUUAUCACCAUGCAAUUAACCUCUUCACAAAGAAACCUUAAUAAUUCUUAGUAUUUAUGUAGCUGUUAUUAUCUUUAAAGUGCUCAGUAAAUACCACUGGGGGUUGUUUGUUGUUCUAAAAUGGAAACCUGCUUUCCCGUGGCGGCUGAUUCACCAAUACUGACAGUAGACCUUUGCAUAGUCGUGGUGCCUUUUGUGUAAGGAUUUCAGAGUGCUCUGUGGACGCUCUUACCUUUGUAAGUUUCUAAAUGCAUUGCUGAGGGAAGCGAGGAAAUAGAUUAUUUCAUUCAUAUGCCAGUGAAAUGAAGCAGCUCUUCAUCAGUUCAUGUCAAUAGACAAGAGUAACUUUCGACUAGAAAUUAAGGGGCACCAAAUUUAUUUCAUAGAUGGCAGGAUGAAUCCUGGUAAAAUAUAAUGUUGUUAAAUAGAACUGGGACAAGUUAACAGGCCAAACUGGUUUUUGAGUUAGGUUUGGGGGUUUCUUUUCCCCAGAAAGGGCCAUAUAUAUACCCAUCUUACACCCGAAAAGGAUCAGCUCCACUAGCACAUUGCUAUUAGGCUUGUUUCUCUACACAUUCAGACCCAGGGGCCUAGCCUCUUGCCCUAUUUACGUGGGAUUUAGGCAGGUGCUAUUAGCUUGGUGGCUUCUCAUCAACUGCAAGUGAGUAGAAAGGAUGUGCAACCAAACAACAGGCUACACCAGUGAGUCAAGGAAAAGUAUACGGCAUCUUUCUUUUAUUUCACUAGUGUCAAGCCACUGUAGGGUGGGGAAGAGCACAAGGAAAAGUUCAUGGAUUAUAAGGAGAAGUGGCAUACCAUGAGUGACAUGGUAGUGGUGUAGCCUCAGAGGUCUCAAAUACAUGGAGUUCUUCGUUUAGGUGAUCACUGCAGUGCAGUGUGCAGGAACAUCUAUUCAGUAAUGACACAAAAGGCACUGUUGUACCUCUUGACUCGCACGUGCUCUUCUUCUGGAACGAAACCAUCUCACUAUUGAUCCACCCACCUUUGUUUACUUUAGAAAAGUUGAGAGGAUUAGAGCACAAGAUCAAAUAGCUGCAGGUCAUAUUUAAUGCACUUUAACAAUUAUGAUUAUCUGCCUCAGAGUGAGACCGAAUUGCAAGAAUAAUUCACACUUCUUUAUUCAGCCACUCAUGACAACUAUUGGAAACCAAAUUUGGUGUCUCAGAAAUUUCAGAAUUGUUGUACAGAAAAUGAGGCAACACAAACCCCAGUCCAUUUGUACUUAAUUUGAUAUGAGCACUGAAUGGACAUAAAAUACAGCCCUUCCCUGGAACCCUUGAGUCAUCUGUGUUAAAAUGUUAAUGUUUGCUGCGAGCCUAACCAAAGAUAAUACACAAGGCUACUUUUUCCAGCAACAGAAUAUUGUAUUGCACACCCGGGACUAGAUGGAGCUGUGCCUUCUCACGGCAGCUCUGCUUUUGGCCCUCGGGAAUGUCAUGAUUUUUCAUACUUUUCUGAAUUCCACAGUUUGUUUUGACCUGACCUUUUAUGAAUUUGAUAAAAUAUAUAUAAAUGUAUGUAACUCCAUGUAAGACUAAUAUUCUGCAACAGGAAUGUUGCUUUACUAAGACACAUUUUUCCAUACCAUCAUUUCAAUAAAAAUAUGCUACUCAGA